AGGGCGCUGGGGCGCCCAACCACGGCAAGCCGAACCAGCCAAAGCCGCCACAGGACGAUGAGGAGGAGAAGACCGUGACGUUGGAGCUGGAGUUGUUCAUGCUCGUGGCGCGGGUGGCAGCCACAGGCGCGGCGUUGCAGGCGGAGGCCUCGCCUGGCGGCCCGCUGUUCUUUCAACGACCCUCUCAUGUGCCGGGCCCACGCGGCCAGACUAGGACGCGGAUGCGUGGCCGUUCAUCGCUGGAGCUGGCGCAAGAGGCGCGGCAACGCGUGGCUGCCGCCUUGGCGGAGCAGUCUGCCGCGAUGAUGGUAUGGAGCCAGAGUCAGGGCUUGACUACGGAGCGGGUGCAGCGCUGCGAGAGGAUCAAGGAGCUCUUCGUGGUGGGGACGAUCGUGCCGCCAGAUGGCAAACCCAAGGUGAGCCAGAACGACAUCAAGUCGAAGUUUGAUAUCAUCAAGGCGAUCUUGACGAGGCUGAAAGGCCGGCC